CCUGUUCCAAAAACGUUUCAGCUCUUUCUCUCUCUCUAAUUCUUGCUUGAUCUUUCCUCGUCAGAAAACUUAUCUUCCUUGUUCAUUUUGUGGUUACACCAAAUAAUUCUUCUUUAUUCAUAUCUAUUCACUUUUAAUUUUUCUUCCCAAAAAGGAAAAAGAAACCGUCAUCCAUUUCUCAUCCGUAAUCUGCAGUUUCAUUUUCACCCUAUGAUCAAGAUGAGGUCUUUUUAUUGAAGAAGCUCAACCUAACAGCUUUCUCCAGGCUCUCUUUUUAAUUGUUUUGAUAUGAGUAUGAUUCCAAAAGUUUCAUAGAAUGGAUUUAUCAGAAUUUAUGGUGUAGCAAUCUUCCAUUGGAGUCUUUGGGUUUAUUAUGUUGAACUUGCUCAAAUCUCUUAGUAGAUCUUGCUUUGAAAAAUGUAUAGAGGCAGCAACACUAACACUCCACUUCCUAUUUUCGUGGAUGAGAACGGUUUCCAGUAUCCUGCUACUGCACCAAAUCAACUUCAAUUAUUUGGAAGCUUUCCACUUGGAUCCAAUGCUGAUCCUGUAAAUAAUUUUGUAAAUGAGCACCUGAUUCGGCACAAUAAACGAGGCAGGGAAGCUGAAGGUGUUUCCCGGCAGCAAAAGCUUCAAAUUUCCUUGAACCACAAUGUGGUUCAUGAUGACACUGAACGGCUAGCUAAUAUUCCUGGCCAGAAUCUUGUUUCAACUGGUUUAAAGUUAUCAUAUGAUGAUGAUGAACCCAAUUCUUCGGUCACUUCUGCAAGUGGAAGUAUGAAUGCAUCAGCAUCAGUUAUGAUGUCUCUAGGUGACAACAUUAAAACGGAGCUGGAGCGCCAGAAGAAAGAAUUUGAUCAAUAUAUUAAGACUCAGGAAGAAACUUGGGCUAGAGGUGUGAGAGACAUAAAACAGAGACAUAUGGCUUCGUUAGUGACUGCACUCGAGAAAAAUGUCGGCACUAAGUUGCAAGAGAAGGAUAUUGAGUUAGAGAACAUAAACCGGAAGAACAGAGAACUGGUUGAACGAAUGAAGCAAGUUACAGCAGAAGCACAAAAUUGGUGUUAUAGAGCCAAGUGUAACGAAUCUUUAGUCAGCACAUUACGAACGAACCUUCAACAAGCGAUGCAAUCUGCUGAACAAGGAAAAGAAGGGACGGGAGACAAUGAGCUAGACGAUGCUGUGUCCUGCAUUGAUCCAAACAAUUGGCUCAGCAUCCCUAGUGGUUCUGGGAAAGGUACAUCGGCGAAAAAAGCCAAUUUGAAGUGCAAGGUGUGCAAAUUGAAGGAGGUAUCCAUCUUAUUGAUGCCUUGUAGACACUUGUGUUUAUGUAAAGACUGUGAAGGAUUAGUUAAUGUAUGUCCUAUCUGCCAGUUGAUGACAACUGCUGGUGUUGAGGUGCUCUUGUCUUGAAAUAUGAACAAAAUUUAAAACAAAGGCCGAAGAAAUAAUCUCAUAAAGAUUCUAGAUAAUCAUUGUGGCUUUACUUUGUGUAUUUACUGUACAGAAGUAAUUUCUUCAAAUUGGGGAUUAAUUAUAAUGGUUCUUCUUGAUGCUUCAUUUGGA